GGUGAACCGUGUAGACAAGUUUGGAUCUUUUUUCGCCGUGCAUGAAAAGAUCUCCCACUCUUUUCGGAUGUUCAUGGUCAACUGUUGUCUUUUUGCAGGCUAAGGGAAUCGCUGAGACGCUCAAGAACUUGCCUCUGCUCGGGCUCCGGCUCAAUAAGACUGACUCUUUCCGGUACCAAGCAAGAAAGGGAAGGUCCCAGAAAUCAAAGACCAUUCGUCCUCCUGCAAUAGACCAGGACCCCAAACAAGUCCAACUCAAAGAGAAGAUAAAAGCCGAACACGUUCCUGCUACAUUAAUCAGAAUUGGUUCGUGGCAGUUUGCUUCUGUACAUGAAGCGGAUUUGGUAGUAAAGUUCUACUUCGCAACAAGGAAAUUAGUCUGGGAAGUGCUCGAGAACGGUCUGAAGAACAAGAUGGAGAUACAGUGGUCGGACAUUUCCGCUAUACGAGCCAGUAUCGAAGAAAACAAGCCAGGGAUCCUCGAAAUAGAGUUACACCAGCCACCCACCUUCUACAAGGAGUCUGAUCUGCAGCCCCGGCAUCACUCGAAUUGGAUCUCGGCAGAUGAUUUCACUGGCGGCCAAGCUCUUAUGUACCGGAGGCACUAUCUUGAAUUUCCUUCAGCAGCCCUCGACAAGGGCUACGUCAAGCUGCUGAAUACUGACCGCCGGUUGCUUAAGUUGAGCCAGAGCCGCUUUCCAAGCGGUGUGAAAAACGCAUUCUACACGUCGCAACACUUUAAUUGCGAUGAAUAUCCUCCAAGAUCAGCAAUGGCAAUGCCACAUGCGCAUCAGGUCCACCUUCGGAAUGCAUAUCCGCCGGCAUUGACCCCCCAGCGGAGACAAUCAUGUGAAGCAGUGAUGGAGCAAGCCCGUCAAUGGAACAAUUCUACUCCGCCGAUGUCAGUAUUGGAUUCUCAACUUCUCGAAAACCACAGAUUGGAGAAUUCACAAAUGAAUCCAUGGGAUCAGAUAUCUAACAACUCUCAGCUCGAAGACCUUCCACCUCUACACCCUGCAGCCACAACUGCAGCCACAGCCGUGGCCAGGGCCGGUCCAGCCCUCUAUCUUGGAGAAGAUUUGUACUCACCCUAUGCUGGAGAAGCAGGGGUCCACACCCUGCAAACUCCUGCAAUCAUGAGGAAUCCACAACGGCAGUUAUUCUUCGAUCCAAUCAGCUCGCAUGACCCGAGGCUUCUCCCUGCAGUUCAUGGCAUGUUCCCAUCACGCUUAGGUUUGCCAAGUGCAAUAGGUUCUGCAAGCAAUGCCAAUGCAAUGGGUGCCAGACAGGAACAUGAUGGAUAUGUGAACAGCGGUGGUCAAUUCAUCUUCUGUCCCUUGGAGGAGAACACCUCUUUCACAUCACCAACGAGUAUGCCGAGUGCAGUAAAUUCUGCAAGCUAUGGCGUUGCAAUGGGUGUCAGACAGGAACAUGAUGGAUAUGCGAACAGCAGCGGGCAAUUCAUCAUGUGUCCCUCGGAGCAGAGUGGCACUUUCCCAUCGUUGAUAGGUUCGCCGAGUGCAGUAGGUUCUGCAAACACUGGCAAUGCAAUGGAUGGAUGUGCUACCACUAACAGGCAACUCAUCUUCGGUCCCUUGGAGCAGAACGUCACUUUCCCAUCAUCAAUAGCUUCGUAUGCAGUAGGUUCUGCAAGCCACGGCGAUGCAAUGGGUGUCGGACAGGAACAUAACGCAUAUGCUAGCUCUAACGACCAAUUCAACUUCGGUCCCUCUGUAUCUGAACAACAAAUUUAUGAGCAUCUCGCUCCUUUGAUGCACCAUCAAGCUUAUGGGCGAAAACCGCAGGACGGCUCACCUUGGAAAUGAUGUUCUGUGUUCAAACUCUGAUUCGAGAUUUUCAAGGAAUGAAAACUUGGGUUGAGCUGAGGAAUUCAUCAAUAGGACGUCCCAGUUUUGCAAAGUUGAGAUUAGGAUGAGUUGAAGGUGUCGGUGGCUUCUGUUCUCUUUUCUGUUCUUUAUUUUAGGCAAAGUAGGGUGUUCUUCGUUUCUCUUCCA